CCCAUAUGACUUCCGACUUGAGACUAGGUUUGCUCCGUAGGUGACGCAGGACCCCGCACCCGAAGUGCGUAUAUAUGAGGUGACCCUGGCGUCCCUGUUGCGCCUCAGUCGUCUCAACACUCCACCUAGGAAGAAGAAGAGGAGGGACGCUACCAAAUCGGCGAUCCAGGGAAGAUGACGUUCAGCAUCACCAGGAAAGAGAUCGAGGGGUUCUGGAGGAGGAAGGAGGAGGAGCGCCGCCUCGCCGCCGAGAAGGAGGCCGCGAGAGCCAAAGCCAAGACGCUUAAGAUGGAAGAUUAUAUGCUCUUCGAGCAAAUGAUAAGGGAGAUUCUCGAGGAGGGGAACGAAGGUGACAAGGGCAUCAACGACAACAGAAUGAUGGUGGCAGCUUCCAGCAGGGUCGCCGAAUUACGGAUUGGGAUCAAGCACUGGUGGAAAAAAAGCACUUAUGCUUAUCUGAAUGAGCCGGCAGUGACGGCAUCAAUGGAUGACAACGGCAGAAGCAGACGCGCCGUCACUUAUAUUCCACAAGACAGAUGCCUCAAAGUCCGCUCGGCGAUUCCUGCUUCAUUUGUCAUCUUUUAGCUACUCUGUAUGUGUGCAUGACAAAACAAGCUGAGGCAUAUCUAUAUGUGUGUAUGCAUCAGCUGUUGUGACAAGGACGGAAUAAUUUAUGUUGUGUAUAAGUGUUGGACACAAUACAUAAUUUGUCAUUAAUUUAAUUCCUUGUUACGUGACAGGAUAUGCCCAAAGCAUCAGACUUGGAAUUCUCUGAACCGAUGCAUUAUUUCCAACAAUAAGUUUGUCUGAAUGCUGUACUUGUAUCAAAUUAUCAAGUGGAAGACCGUGUUGCUUA